CUCACAGUUUCGUUUUCGCUUGACGUUGUGCUGUUCUAGUUCCUUCGCUGUGUGCUAAAACUGUUAUCUGGUUACACUGCUUGUUUCAGUAUUCUUGAGCUUUGUCAGAGAAAAAACAUUGUGUGAGGUGAUGGAAGAUUCUGAGAACGUGCCUGUGAAAAAUUCAGAGGUCAAGAUGGAGAAUAUUGGACAAGGACAUCAAUUUACAGAUGAUGAAUUGCUUAACAUGAGUGUGAGAGAUCUUAACAGAAGUUUACGAAACCUGACACCAGAGGAAAGUAGGAGAUUAAAACAGAGAAGGCGAACAUUGAAGAAUCGUGGUUAUGCAGCAUCAUGCCGUAUCAAACGAUUAACACAGAAAGAUGAACUGGAUUUACAAAGACAGAAGCUGCAAAAAGAGGUUGAAAUGAUAGCUGAGGAAAAUCAAAAGAUGAAUAUGGAAUUAAGAUCAUUACAAAAGAAAUAUGAAGAUCUUGAAACAUUUGCUAAAAGCAUGGCAAAGAAUAAUAAUUCCGAGUCACCGGAAACACUAGAAGAUGAAGAAGAAUUUUCCUCAACGCAAGUUACAACUAUUUUGAACAAGACAGAAACAUGAUCGCUCGCAACAUGAGAUUUAAAACUGUUAUCUCUAGUGAAAUUAAACUAUCCUGAGUCGAAAAAACGGGUCGUUAGCUUAUGCUUGACAAAGUGCUAUAACAUUGUUCACUCUGUUUGGACUAAUGCGCUUUACUCAAUCAUUAUUUUCAAACAUUUUCUGCACUUAUCAAUAUCAUAUCGUCUUCUUUUUAGAUUGCUAUUAUCAAUUUUGUGGCAAACUUGAUCUGUUGUAAAUGACUUCUGCUAUUAGUUACUUGGUUUUUAAUGAUCUAUACAUGUAUUUGGUAUUGACGAGGAUGCUUGAAUAGGUAGACUUUUUUUGUAGUAAAAGCUUCAUGAAUAAGAUGAGCUCACCAUGUCAGGCAUUAUGUAGUACAAAUAAAUUACCAUGUGUGAAAUCAGAUACUGUUUGUUCAUAUGAAAUUUGCGUUAUGAAUACCUUCAAGCGUUCUGAGUUGUGGAAAUAUUGUUACUUCUGCCUGUGUUCUCAUGCUAAUAAAUUUUUGAUUUCCUAUAUUAUGAGUACCGUAUAUAUUAGUGUUGACUAUAUUUCAAAUUUUUUUUUUUAUAUCAUCUCGUGCAUUAUACGUACACAUAAGUAUGGUUAGGUACAUCAUGGAGGUUACAUAACUUGAUAUUUGUUCUCCUCACUCAUUUCGGUUACCUAAAUUGGUAUUUGUCUUCCUACAUCAUUUCUCAUAUGCUUUCUCAUAUGCUGGACAGUUGAAAUAUCAAGUGGAGUAUACAAAUAUAGAUUACACAAUAUGGAAAAAGUAUGGGUAUUUGGUCCUGGCAUUCAACACAUUUGUAUUUGAUCUUCUUUGCCAUCCCUUUGCAGGAAUGUAGAGAACAGAAUCACAUUGGUGUGCCGAGUUGAGUGGUUUAGACUUUAGAUGGUCCCGCCAAAUGUGUAAAACUGCUGUGAUGAUACUUCUCCAUAUCUCCAAAUUUUGAUUUUGCUUCAUUUUCAUUUACGUUGAAAUGUUUAUUUGCUUUUUGAACUUGUCCUUGUCAAUAAAUAAAGAGUAAAUUCCUCUGCUGCCUU